UCUACUUAUUGAAGCCAAUGAUCUCAUCGCAUUCGUCAAUUUAUUGGUUUAAUUAGUGACAAGACUUACAAUAAAUGCAAUAUUUCAAAGAGAAAGUUUAUUCGAAUGCACGCAAAUUAAAUUGAUGUCCUUUUUAAAAAGGAGCUCAGUAUGUCAACAUUCACAAAAAUUAUUAAGCAAAUCGUACGAAAUGAAUACCGCCAAGCGGCUUCAAAAUCUCCUUUUCUAUUUACAAACAAUUGCUUAGAAUAAUCGAUUAAAAUCGUGAAACAUAUUUUUGUCUCACUCUGGCCUUCAUGGUUUGUUAAUAACAAAUAUAAUCGGCUUUAAAUGCGACGACGUCGAUUGAAUAUAGCACAAAUACAGUCAAAACUUACAUGGCAAUGACAUCAUCACGUAUACUCAUGCAGAAACUACCCCUUAGUUUGGAAAUAUCGCUGAAAUAACGCAGAAAUUUCACGAAAAUAUUUUUUUGAAAAUUGAGACUUAUUAAGAAAGAAAAGACUCAAAACGACCUUGAGAUGGUAACCGAAAACGGAAUUCAGUCGGACGGAAACACAUCGUUCCUUCGAGCCGCCCGAGCUGGUAAUCUCGAAAAAGUGCUAGAACAUCUUAAAAAUAAUGUUGAUAUAAAUACAUGUAAUGCUAAUGGCUUAAAUGCGUUGCAUCUAGCAAGUAAAGAUGGUCAUGUGCAUAUUGUGUCCGAACUCCUGAAAAGAGGUGCAGCCGUUGACAAUUCUACAAAAAAAGGCAACACAGCUCUUCAUAUUGCUUCGUUGGCUGGUCAAGAAGAAGUUGUUAAACUAUUACUUCAAUAUAACGCUUCGGUCAAUGCACAAUCACAAAAUGGAUUUUCACCAUUAUAUAUGGCUAGUCAAGAGAACCAUGAUUCAGUAGUUAAAUUACUAUUGGCAAGCGGUGCAAAUCAAAGUUUAGCCACAGAAGAUGGAUUUACACCAUUAUUAGUGUGUGAACGAUGCUAUUCUCAGUUUUCGCCAUCGUCGUCGCUACCGCUACCAGUAUCUUUACUAUCAUCACUGUUGUCAGACAAUUCACUGUUGCUCAAAUCGAUUGCAUCUUCUUCGCUGCUUGACGACCACCAUGACUGAUCCGAAUCGUAUUCAGCUUCAUUGGAAUUUGUUGUUUGAUACUGAAAUGUAAAUAACAAACACACAUUAUACACACAUCACAUGAAUUCAAAAAUUAUAUCCAACGAAUAAUGGAACUCACCUUUUGUUGCUUUUUACGCUUAUUUUCAUCAAAUUGUUUGAAGCGUCGCUCUGCAUGCUGAUCUUGUAUCUUGGCAUCGACUGUGAAUGCAUCUGGCAAUUUUAUUCCCAAUAGUUCAUGAUGACCUAAAUACAUAUAUGAUGAAAAUUGAAUAUUGGAUUCAAAGUAAAAUAAAAAAACAAAUGAUUCACUCUAAACAUACCGCGAAGACGAAUAUUUCGACCGGCAUUAGUGUCGAUUCAAUUAAACCGAACGGACUUUUGUCGUAUCACCAACAUCAUCACGGUUUCGUAUGUAUUUCCAUGCGAUGACAUCUAGACGCCGACGUCGCAAAUGUGUUCGUGGCCUCUUCACUGAUAAUAUCGCAGCAUUUUCAGCAGCCGACACAAGCAUUCCAUCGACCAUAUUGAAGCGUUUCAGUUCGACUUUUGGCUGGCCGCCAUCUUCGUCCGAAUACCGUGGUCGAUAUUUUUUCUGCUUCUUCAAUUGUUUCGAACUCUUGUGACUGUAAAUGAAUGAACCAACAUCGGGCAGUGCUUCUGGCGAUGGUUUACCUGGCGACACACUUUGAAUCGAGAUUUCGUUGUCUUUCGGCCAUUCUUCCAACCAUUUUCCAGUACAUUGAAGCAACAGCUACAUAAUUUUGUUGUUCGAUAUUCAUCCACGUAGUGCACGGUACAUUGUGGAUGUUGUUCGAGUGCUUUGAAUAGCAAACAAACACUUGCACGUAUAUAAACUUUGCAUGGUGAAUUUGCAUGGGUGAACGGCGCCUUGCCAACAAACACAAAUGUAUGUUUACCAUGCCCUUGUGCGACAAUCAUUCGCACCAAUUCACCAAUCGUUCGAUGUAUUUCAAUCCAAUGCAAAAAAUUAGUCAGUACAUACGCUUCGCUGCCGUACACUUCCAUGGCCCGAUUGAAAAAUCUUAACGUAUGGUCGGUGUACGUUUCAAAAUCGUUCGUCCUACUGCUCGGCUGAACAUGGCUCUCACACUCUCGUUCGAUGCGCUCACGAUCGUCGGCUCUGUCGUCUUCAAGCGUACCAACCAGUCGAUCUCUUUUUUUUUUUUGAACUGUGGCAAUUUCGUCAUCCAAUGAUAUUGCUUGCUGGAUAUUUUAAAAUUGCGUACGCUUUUAACUUUCACAGCGCCCGUAUCGUCUUUCUCUCGAUCGAUAAUUUGGCCGGCAAUGAUUUCACGAUCGCCAACAUCAAAACUUACUUCGCGAUCGCAGUGGCGUAAUAUAUUUCGUAGCCGUAACAGUUUCAACGUUUUUCUUCUUCGUCUUCUUCUCUUUGUUCAUCAGAAAAACGAAUGCAUUGCCAUCGGUUUGUAUUCGAUUGGCGAAUGUUAAGCCCGCCGAAUGGCGUUCGAUUUUACUAAUGCCGAAAUAUUUACGCCACAUGCGAUCCCAAAGUUCUUUGUUGCCAUUGAACGGUUGUUGCCAGGGUUUAUUACUGCCAUUGUUCUUUUUCAUUUCCUGUUCCUUUGGAUUUUUCAACCGCUUAAGGAUUUCGUAGAGGCCACGCUUGUCGAUUUGUAUGUAGAUACGAUCAAAACGUGCCUCCGGAAUGACUUGAUACACUGUCAAAUUUGGCGCACAUCGAACCCAUGUAUAUUUGACACCUGGCAAUCGUUUUCGUGGCACAUAUUCGGCAAUUGAACGACAGAUUGAUUUUGAUUUGUUGUGAGUGGUGGUUUUAUGAAUUUUGGCUAUUGCUUCGGCCUGAAGUUUGGCCUUUGCUGCGGCAACUUCAGCCGGUUGGUUCUUUUCAUCUUCAUCCAUUUGUUUUUUGAUGACUAGACAGCGUUCACGAUUUCUUGCACGACAAUAUUGCUGAAGUUGUACGAAAAAUGGCACAUGACGAUACCAAUUUGUUCUCAAUUUGGAGAAAUAACCGCGUCGAUUCGCUUCGAAAUCCAUCGGAUUAAAAUCGGUUUGAAUACGCUUCAGAAGACGUUCGAUAGCUGGUGUCAAUAGAAUUGGAUCACGUUUUCGUUUUGGAUUUUUCACAUUCUUUUCAUUUUGUCGCUUCUUCCGUUUGGCCGCUUCAUCAUCGGUGGCCUUUUUGCGUGUCGGUCGUUUCGAUUGUGGCUUUUUGUUAUAGAAAUUCGGAUUCUCUGCUUCGUCGCUGAACAAAUAGCGCAUUGUAUUGGUGAUCAAUUGGUAAUUCGCUUUGCGUAUCUGUUUCAAUGUUCGACAUUUUUGUGGUGGUGGUGGUGUUUUAGCGCGUGAUGUACUCGCAACCGGCUCAUUUGAUUUCGCAUGGUUCGCCAAUUCUUCGGAAAUCACACAAUGAUUCAAAUAUGCCCGAACAUUAUUAUACAGACUACGUAUGAUGCACAUCAUGAAAUUGGUAAAAUAUUGCCGAGUGACAUAGGUGAAAAUGUUACCAUAACCAAUUGCAUUUUUCUCAAUGACUUUGUGCUUCUGACAGAACUUGAUUAUAGCCUGAUCCAAUUUCCAUGUUUUACGCAAUUUUUUCUUGCCAUUGAUACAAAAUAAUUUCGAUUGUAUUCACACGUAGUAUUCCAAAAUUCGGUACGAAUGGCAUCUUCAUUGUUCGAUUGCAUGAUUCGCAUGAGGCUACAGUGUACGUUGAGUGAGCCAAGUCGCCAAGUGUGACUCAUGUCCGUGACAAUUUUAUUGAUAAUGCUAGCUAAUUCAUCCUUAUUCACUAGAUUUUCAUUGAACGACUUACGUUUACCCAUUUUGAUCGAUUGGAAUCUUUCUGAAUCCUCAUCACCAUUGUCGCCAUCGUCACCAUCAUUGAAAUAAUCGCUGACAUUAUCAUUAUUCGAUGUAUUCGGCAUACUGGUGGCACGAGUUGAUCCGGUAUUGUUUUUUGUCGUGCAUUGCUAGUAUUCGAUUGUGAUUGUUUUGGACGUGUACCUGAUGCGACUGUAUCACCGGAUGAUGUUGGUGUAGACACAUCGUUCCGAUCGGCAACAGUAGAAGCAGCAGUUGUAUUAGUAUCAACACAAAUUCCAAAUCCAUGUCGUAAACGCUGCAAGGAUUCGACAUGACUCCGUUCAAAUUUUUCCACCAAAUCUUCGACUUUUCGCUUAACGUUUGAAUUCAAUUUGAUGUUCCGUGUGAACUGAUUCAAUUGUGUGCUCAAUUCAUUUGCAAUUGUUUCAACUGUGUGUAGAGAGAAAUGUGAUGAAAGUAUGAGUGACAUUUCUUCAUAUACUCUAUUAAAAAAAAAACUAUUUAGCCAUUUUUCUCCCAUUUCCGAUGCGAAAUUGGCAAAAAUAACGAAAUUUGUGUUCACUAUAGCCGACUACUUUUUGGUCUAAAAUCCAAAUCCGGUGGAAUUUGGCUGAUUGGUGGACUUUUAGGAUUUGGCCUGGUUUCCAGAACUUCCAAAAUGUAAUUCCAUAUAUUUAUAUAUUAUUCGGGUAAUUUUAUGCAGGAAAUGAAGAAAAAAUGGCUAAAUAGUUUUUUUUUUGAGAUUUUGUAUGGAAAAAUGGCAUAAAUCGUAAGUGAAUUCAAUAUUUUACCGAUUUGACGAUGUGCUGCGUUUGAAGCUAUUAUUCUUGUCAUGGAAGAAAACACAUUUUGACAUUCCAUUUCGAUUUGACUGUGUGUUGACGAUGUGCUGGCAUUUUGUAUAUUUUGGUGGAUCUGUGAAUGGUGGCUUAACGAAUUUGAGCGUUGUUGCUGCUGCUGUCGAUUGUUUUGAUCGAAUCGUACGCGUUUCGAUUGUGUCAAAAGUGUCGAAGACUGUGACGAAACUAAGCUAGGUGUGUGUAUGACAUUACUGUGUGCGUCGACAACAUCAUCAUCAUCAUCCGAUUCAAUAACUGUAUAGAUAUAUUUUCAGAAUCAAAAUAAGAAAAAGAAAAAAAUCAAACGAAAGACACAACACAACGAGGUAUUCACCUUUUCGUCUUUUGGAUCCAGUUGUAUUUGUGGCUCGGUAUCGGUUGAAAUAUUGAGUUUCAGAUUCGUUCUGUGACAUGAUUUCCAAACCAACGGUGCAUGGUGUACACUGUUGUAAUUGAAUUUCGAUUGAUUGCUGAACUCCGUCAUGCUCUUGUGUCGGCUCAGUUUGUUGGCUAUUGUCCACAGUCACAUCCAAUGGUUGAUUCUCUUCUUCUUCUUCGUCUUGAUCUUGUGUCGGCUCAGUUUGUUGACUAUUGGCCGAUGCGCUAUUCAUUGGUUGUCGUUGGCGCUGCGAAUUAGCCCAGUCAGAAUACAUUCGAAUUCUUUCAUUCGUUUCAUUAACGCAAGUACGCUUCGGACGCAUCCUUAAUUAUAAAAUGCGGAAAAAAUAGAAACAAAUCGAUACAUAUUCGUACAAUAUCGAAGAAAGAUCUUGGACAACAAACAAGCGGAACAGAACAUAACCAAACUUCAAAAAGCAAAGAAAAAAUUGAACACGUGCCGAAAUACUCAUCAAUAGCGAUAAUUUAUUUUCGAAACACGACAAAACAUGAAUUUACCUGAUUUAUUUUGGGACUUGGAUGAAUUAAUGCACAGGAAAAAUUUAAAAAUCGUUCCGUUGGUCUGAUUGACAAUUGCGUCUCACUUUCUUCGAUCGUUUAGAUGAUGAAAUUAUCAAACACGUUUUUUAAAGUUUAGAAUAUUUUCCAAUUUGUUAUCAAUUUGUUUGAAAUCACGACAAAAUAUGAAUUAAUUCGAAAAUUAUUGAGGCUUAUUUGGUUUUGAGCACAAUAAAAAUUCAUUACGGUUUUUUUCCCCCUUUGAGACUAAAUUAUUUCAACUAUUCCGAAUGGAGCUCGCUGUGUAAGUGCGAAAGAUUAUUUGACAUUUCGUAAUAACAAUGCCGACAAACUAGCUGCUACUGUAUAUGUGAAUGUGUAUGUAAUUGCGCAUAAUUAUUUCAAUCUGAAACAAUGACCAAUACACUUUGCAUUUAUGUUUAUAUUGGUCGCGUAUAUAGGUGAUUAUUUUAAUUUUCAUUCGAUUAUAUCGUUGUUUAAAUGGUUAUGAGCAAAA